AUGGGGAAGAGAAUAUACUGCCAUAGCUCAGGCUUCCCCAUGUUCAAGAGGGGACGUUGUCUUUGCAUUGGCCCUGGAGUAAAAGCAGUGAGAGUGGCAGACAUUGAGAAAGCCACCAUAAUUUACCCAAGUAACAGCUGCAACAAAAUAGAAGUGAUUAUCACCCUGAAAGCACGUAAAGGACAACGCUGCCUAAAUCCUAAAUCGAAGCAAGCCAAAGUUAUAAUCAGAAAGUUGAGAGAAUGAAUUUUUGAAAAUAUAAAAAGGUACGAAGUCCUGGCAAGAAGAUCUGAAAACCCAGAACAAGCUUAACUGUGACUUGCUGAAAUGAUAAGAAUUCUGCAAUAGGAAACAGGACUUUCUCCUUCCCGUUGCCAUGUAUGUUCGGGCAUAUCUAAGUCAGGGAAUCUUCUAGGAAAUUUGAUGUUCAUAACUAUUCUGCUGUGACUAUAAAAAGGUUUGUCUCAGGGAGCCAUCAGGUGAGAAAUUGGGGAUCAACA